GAUUCCGCUCGAGAGAAUGGCCGCCUGGUUCGGCCGCGCGGCGCACGAACACGUCCCGUCGGCUCGAAAUCCCUCGGGCGACUGACUGCCGAGAAUGUGUACGUUGGAUCGCUCAACGAAAAAACUACGGCAUAAUAUACCGCCGCGCGAGGUAGCAAACAUGUUUGGGCAAUCUCAAGGGCGCUCGACCGUGCGGUGCGGUGCGGCGGGCUCAGAGCCGGCUAGGCUGUGCGGCGAGCGCGUUUCUUCGCGUCGAUUCUUUCCUCGCGAGUGAAAAAGGAUUACAGUGAGAGUUGCUAGCCGAACGUACGCCGAAUGUUCCUUCUCGCGGCCCGCGGGACGAAAUAAAUGACGCUUCUCAUUCUCCUUCGGACCUGAUUUGGCGCCUUUGGCGGUUCGUUGCUGCGCAUUGCACCGCUCCGUGACCGAUAAACGCAGACAAGAUGGUUGUCGGAGAAGCAAGUAUACAUAAUAUAAUGGGAGGGAUGGAGAGCACGGGCGGCGUGCGUCUUCAUAAUCACAAGCGGAAGCUGAAGCAAAGGUUCGACAUUAUAAAGAAAUUAGGGCAAGGCACCUAUGGUAAGGUGCAAUUGGGAAUAAACAAGGAGACUGGUCAGGAGGUGGCGAUAAAGACAAUAAAAAAAUGCAAGAUAGAAACGGAAGCUGAUCUGAUCAGAAUACGGAGGGAGAUACAGAUCAUGUCGAGUGUUCAGCAUCCGAAUAUUAUUCACAUUUAUGAAGUGUUCGAAAACAGAGAGAAGAUGGUACUGGUGAUGGAGUAUGCAGCCGGAGGAGAACUAUACGAUUAUCUAAGCGAGCGCAAAGUUCUCGGCGAGCACGAGGCCCGCAGAAUAUUCCGGCAGAUAGCUACCGCUGUUUUUUAUUGCCAUAAACAUAAAAUCUGCCACAGAGAUCUGAAGCUCGAGAAUAUUUUGUUGGACCAAGUCGGAAACGCCAAGAUAGCCGAUUUUGGUCUCUCGAACGUGUUCGACGAGCAGCGAUUAUUAAACACGUUUUGCGGCAGUCCGUUGUACGCGAGUCCGGAGAUAGUGAAGGGAACUCCUUAUCACGGACCGGAAGUCGAUUGCUGGAGUUUAGGUGUUCUACUAUAUACAUUGGUCUACGGUGCUAUGCCCUUUGAUGGGUCCAACUUCAAGCGACUAGUCAAACAGAUCUCGCAAUCGGAUUAUUUCGAGCCGAAAAAGCCAUCCCCCGCUUCGCCGCUGAUAAAGGAGAUGCUCACGGUGUGUCCCGGCAGGCGUGCCGAUAUCGAGAGGAUCUGUACGCACUGGUGGGUCAACGAAGGCUACGAGCAAAAUUGCCUCGAUAUCGCCGAAGAUUUGGCAGCUCAGACUCCAGUUCGCCUGGAUCUGCUGCUCUCUCUGGUGCCACAGUCAGCCAGCGCUGAGAAAUUGCUAGUCGGGGGCGAUCAGCAGGCAGGAGGAGAUGUCGCCAAUAGUAUGUCUUCCGAGACUUUGGUGCCUACUAGAUGUCAUUCGGUCGGUAGCUUAAUGGAACUCGAUCAGAAUAGCUCCGACAGGAGGAUAAGAGAAUUGCUCGAGGAGGAGCCGAGGUCUUCCGCGGCCGGUGACGCUAAAAGGAAACUAGAGACGACACCGUCGAUGGACGAGACGGCUGCGGCAGGCGUGAAGAGGAAAGAGAGAUCCAGAAGGAAAGAUAAGUCAGACGAGAGAGAGCCUAGGGCGUACAGAUCUUCGUCAAGGCAUCAUUCGGCUCCAAUUCCAAAUUCUAUUUCUGAAGAGGCGAUGGAGGUGGAACCGGCAGCCAUUGUAACUGUUCCUACGAGUAAGACUGUUGAUUUGAAUAAAAUAGAAGAUACGGCAGCUUGUCUAGAGCUGAUCGAAGAAUCGAAGGAGAGAUCGCCGAGUAAAGAGAGGAGGAGUAAGACUCCGUUGAUAAGCGAAUAUCAACAGUCACGUGAGCCGUUGUCUACCGAGAGUGUUGAACAGAUCUGCGAGAUCGAGCCGAAGACUAGCGAUGAGCGAGACAAGCCACCUAACGACAGUUUAUAUGGAGACGCGGCCGAGAGGACUGUUUUGGAAAACAGUCUGAAUAAAGUAACCAACGAGACGGCGUUGAAUAAAAGGUCGGGCGAUCUGGAAUCAAAAGUGCCAAAUGAGAGCGACACGAGUGUCAAAAAUGAGGCGUACGUGUCGCGAGAUAUGCAAAACCAGAUAUCAGAACCAACGGAGAACGAUUUCAAAAAGUUGAAAGAGAAAGCACUCUCUUUGGACACGGAGCUGUCGAACGAGAUGGCAAACGCUCCACCUGUUAAACCCGUCGAGAGACGACGCUCCAAAAUAUUUGAGACAGCUGAAAAGUUCAAUCAGCUAUCGUCUACCACGGAAAAUGAGAAACCCAAAAAGAUUUUUAUUCCUGGCGUUAAUGUGGGAGGCGCGAAACGAGCCUUCGAACGGAAGGCCAGUCUCUCGUCCGUAACCACACCAUCCCCUGCGAAAGCCAGCGCGUCUAAAGUUAUUAUCGAUGUAUCACCAACUGGCAAGAAAGGUGAGAGGGAGGACGAGCAGAAACAGGCAACGCCUGUUGGAGAUCGAGAGGUCGCCGAGGAUAAAUUGGACAAGCGAGAUGAAGUGAAGAAACGUGCUAUUGAUAUCAUUAGUGGCGCGAUCGGUAAGCCUCCAAUGCAGAAAAAGUUGAACGGCUCGCCGCCCCAGAGCUCGGAUUCCAAAAAACUUGGACUGAAGAUACAGGUUGCGCCGAAUGACGUGCGGUCGGCCACGGUGUCGGUCUCCACGCCGAUCGAGACGAAAUUCGACCUUGAUGUUAAAUCAGCGGCACCGGAAGCAACUAUCACUAGUACAUUCGAUACGUCUGGUAUCGAAAAUUCGCAAUUGGAGGAACCCAAGGUGUCUAGUAAGAUGGAAAUAACGUUAAAAAGUGCAACGUUACCGAGACGAAAAACGAGCAAAGCUGAAAUUACGUUGUCCGGAGUCAGACCGCCAGAAACUGUAGCCUUCAAGUCUGAGGUAGAAGCUAAGAUUGAUGCUUUCCAGCCGCAGAAGCUGCGCACGCAGAGGUCGGAAGUAGCAUUCCCAGUUGCCGCAGCGGUACCCCAUGCAAACAGAAGUUCAAGCUUGGAGCCGGAAGGCAGACCUAAAGUUACACCGAAAGAAAGGAUUAUACCUAUCCAGGUGGAGGCAGGACUUGAGAGUACACAGCAUUCGUCCACGCCACCGCCUAAACCGCCAAUGACCCAGAGAUCAAUGUCUCAACGAUCAGAUUCUCUGUCCCGCCAAUCGACCGCCGAUUCAGACACGGACAGCGCUCUCGGUUCAACCGUGGGACCGGAACCAAUCAGAAAGAGUCCUAGAGAGUACAUAAUUCCUAUCGCGGUGGAGGGUGGCGGUUACGUUACUCCCAGAUCGGGUAGUCUGGAGCCGGAGAAUAAGACUGGCACACCGACGAGUACGAAUCCAUCGAGAUCGCGAUUCGGUAGACCAAGAAGAAUGAGCGCUCUUUUAUCGGACGCUAGCGAAGAUGAGUCUCCCUUUUCUCCGUUACACGGGGAGGAUUUGUUGCAAAGACAUAUGCAUCGGUUGAGGAGUUCGCGACCAUCCAGACAAUCGUCCGAACACGCCGACAGCUUGUCGUCCGGCGAGGACGACGAUGACGACGGUUUCGAGUUAUUGACUGCCGAAAACUUAUUCUCUACAUUGUUGUCCAGAGUGCGAAGUCUGACGCAGCGACUCAACGUCGAUGAUAAGCGAUCCGCCGGUUUCCCAAGCAGUAGAUUGUUCGGCAGACUCGGCUCCCAAUCGUCGCAAGGUUUUUGGGGCUUUGACAAGCCGUUGUCCAGCUACGAGAGCUGUGUCGAAACACGGACCAUGACUACGCGACUCUCACAAUCGUAUCUUAAACGCGAUGCGGAUAUAUUUUCGAAGAGAGACUCCGCCAGUACUUCUAAUCCCGGAACUCCAAAUAGUCCUGGAUCGUGCAGCACGCCUUCCAGAGAGAGUGUCUUUGAAAUCGGAAACAACACCUUGCCAAGAGAUAAAGUAGAAGAAACGUACGAAGAAGACGUGGGAGCGGAAAUGAAGAAGGAGGCGCAAGAAUCUCUGGAGCAGAAUUUCACUCCCAGCUUGGCACGCAGAUUGAGUAGGCAAUUUAUCGAGCAAACCCGACAAUCCGUACCGCGUUCACCAUCCUCUACGCGCGACAACAACAGGUAUUAUCAGUCGCCGACGAGAGAUUCGCAAGGUUUGGUAGGGCCGAGCGAGAUUGCGAAACGGUAUUCCACGUCUACGACUCCCGAUCGGACCGAGUACAGAGGCAGAUCGCUCGAUCGGGGUAUUAGAAGGACCAACAGUUUGCUAGAGCCGUGCAAGUACGACAAGUCGGAACGGAACUCGCCGCGAAGAAGCAUCAGCCUGUUCGACGACGACGACGACUGCGAUGACAAGCUGUUGCCGCCUCUACCGAAGCAUAUAAUGACGCUCGGCCGCAGGUACAAGGAGCCGGUUAGAUCGAACGUCGCUGGUAACAUGAGACGAGACAGCUUUCACGGUUACAGAACGGACAAGAUCCAGGAAGAGCCCGGCGACGACACGUGCCUGUCCGCCUGCAAAGAGAAUAUCAACAACGUCUCGGAGGACGUAUUGGAAGAUACAUCGAUGUCUGUGUGCAACUCGAGCACCAAUUCGAUGGACAAUACCACCACCGUCGCCGCCACCUCGAGUGUGUCGGCCAGAUCAUGCGAGAUCUCACCCACGGACAUCUCCAAGAGUUUCGAGAACCGCUUGCUGGCGGCAGAGAAUCUAAUCAAGGAGUCGAAAUUGAAGAACUUGACGUCGCAGCAAUUUAAUCCGAAUCUCAGCAGCAAUUACAAGGAUACGGACAAGUGCGACAAAGAGAUCCUGAUGACCACCUCGGAUCCACUGUCUUCGGUCACAUCCAAGAGACGCAGUUGCAUCCCGAGUCUCAGAUUACGUUCGGGAUCGCUGACUAGAGAUUCGAGCGUGGACCGCGGAAAGUCGCUCACCGGCUCAUCCGACGUAUCAAACGGCGCCGCAACCGUUAAUCAGGAAAGGUCGAUUCUGAGCAAACUCUUCAGAGGCGGCGGUAACGGCAAUGGCAUCGGUAAGGAGGCCGAACCGAAGGACAGCAAUAGGAGCCAAAAACCGAAACAUCGUAUCUCGCGCUUCUUAAGACCGGACUUUUUCGACACGCCGCGGGAGGAGAGCCAGUACGUGAAGGAGAAGGAGGCGCAGAAAGCGGCGGAGAACGAGCGCCGCAAGUCGCGGUUUAUGAGGCGAAAAAAUGAGAGCAAGGAGUUGAAGAAUGAAAUAAACGCGCUGCAAAAGGAUAAGCUGGGCGGUGCCGUCGCGGCCGCCUCUUCCUCAUCUUCUUCCUCCUCCUUCGAGGACAAGUCCAACAAGGAGGACAAGGCGAGAGCCAAGGUCGAACAAGGCUCGAAGAGUAGCUUUUUGCAUUCGUUGGAGAAGAAACUGGAGAGGUUGCGCUCCAACGACGAGACGACGACGACGAGUACGACUGCGAAGCCGAUGAUGAACGGCGGCUCGAUCUCGGGCAGCAGCGAUCUCGCGAAGGAACACGGACUGCGCGAGUGUUCCGCGCCGCCCGUCGAGUGUCCGUCCGCGGAAUCGAGCUUGUCCGAGGUGAAGAGAACGUUGAGCGUGGAGGAUCUCUCGCGUCGUGGAGGAUCGAACAAGGACGCGAAGAAUGUGCCGAGUGUGUCCAAGGGGCGAGUGACGUCGGUAUUGGGACUGUUCAAGACCAACCAUCAAGCGGACACCAAGCGGAACGCGAACGGUAGCGGCAACCGGACGCAAAAUACGAUCGUGAGUAAACUGAAGAGGAGCCCGCCCAAGUCGAGCGUCAAGCCGGUCGAGUCUUCCGCCUUGGAGGAAGACGUAACGGCGACGAGCAAAAUACCGACGAAAUUCGCGAAAACCGACGGUAAACCGACCAAGAGGCUACUGGAGAACAAGAGAUCGCCAGAGAAGACAGCGAGCGAGUUGAAAAGAUCGCCACCCAAGGAGAAGGCGAAAGAAAAGGAGUCGAUCGUCAAGGAAAGGAACUGCACACCCCUCGUGGAAAAGCAAUCGAGGGAAUUUAAGAGAGCCCCGGAAAGAGCCGCGCCAUCCUCGGACUCCUCGGCGUCGUCAUCCGUGGAUAAAAUCAGGCUGGACAAAGUGGACUCACCGAGGAGAAAGUCAUCGGAAAGUCACCAGUCGGAAUCUUUGCGAAAAGUUGUGGAGGAUAAGCAGGAGCCCAUUGUCAGUGGCGAAGAUAAGAAAUUGAUUAAAACCAAAAGAAAUAUUAGCUCACUAGUAGGCAGAAACGAGUCCGUUGCGAGGAUCGACAAAGACGAGGAUGUCGACAAGGCUGAUAAGAAGAUUAAGAAGCUAGUCAAGUCGAGGGAAAGUGCGGCCUGUGGUAAAGAUGAGAUCGAUGGUUCUAGGAAGAAGAAAAUAGUGCGCGUCGUGAGGAAAGUCGUCAAGAAAUCGUCCGACAGCUCCGAAGGCAAACUUGACGAGAGAGGAAAAUCAUUGAAGCCGCUACCGAAGAAGGAAAAGGAGACAAAAGGUAUGACGACGAAGGAGAAGAGUCCCGAAGGUCCAAGUGUCACGACGCGAGAAAAGAAGGGCUCGAGCGAGGGAAAUGAUGUUGACGAUCAGACUGCUGUGAAAUCGUCAUGCGCGAAUUCGAAACGUGCCAAAUCGGACUUGGCGGCGAAGCCCAGGGAUGCCGAAUAUGCUACGGAAAAUGCAGAUACGAAUACGAAUCGGAUGAAAACUGAUACGAAGGGAACUCGUGCUGCAUCGGAUGUAAACGUAUCGUCUAUCCGCGAUGUCCCGCGGGCGAAUUGUCACAACUGUCCGAGUCCUCAGAGCGCUUCGAGUACUCUGCCGACGACGGACUCGUCGAGUCCCACGGCUCCGACCGACUCGAGCUUUAAUAUCGGUCAAUGUCAGUCGAAGCAGUUGGAGCAACACCGACCGAACAGAGCGAAUCUGAAACUCGAUCUGUCCAAGAUACCGCAACACGCGUUUAGACACGCGACUCCCAAGAGAGAUUCGCCUAGAUCUGGUUCACCUAAAGCGAAUCCCGCCAUCCCUGUCGGAUCGCCCAAAACGGACGAUAAAUUGUUGGAGUGUCUGUCGAAGAUGACGCACCACGCCAACAUUACCGGCAACAAGAUAAUCAUCGAUAAGCCGUUGCGAGCGAAGGACGUCGCCGAACUGAAGCGAGAGGUCACCGAAUGUGCCAGGAUCAUAGAAGAUCAUGUGGAAUCGCGAGACGAUGAGGCAUCCGUCCCGGGCGAACCAAAGGAGAUCGUAGAGGACGAAUCGAGAGAGACGAAGCUGACUCAGCCACCGGAUGACCGCACUAGUAGCGAGAUGUUCUCGCCCGAGGAGCCCGAGGAGAGUUUCGAUUCCUGGUCCGUCUGCUCGGCUGACCUGAAUCACAAUCGCGGCGAUCUGCACUCGCCGACAUCACCGUCGUACUCUCUAUUCAUGCGCGGCGACAGCUCGGAAUCGGUGAUAGAUCGAAUACGAAGACGCAGUUUCUACUCGAGAUUCAACGACCGAAAGAGGCCAUCCUUGACGGCGCCACCACCGGGAGCGAGCAGCGUGACUCUGCCUAGAAGAUUCAGCUUCAACAGCUCUAGAGAAAGGGACCGCGACAGAUUGUACAAUUAUGGAGUUCCCAGGCCGAGGACGAGAGACAAGGGUUACAUUCAGUACGGCGAGGACGAAGUAUCCUCGUUGUCGAGGAAAUCGCCGGUCGAGAGGUACGGCGACGUGUUAAACGUGUCGCUGCACGGUCAUCAGACGGAAGCGAGAACCUUGUUCGAGCCCUACGGCAGUGGCUUGCCGUCUUCCUCGCACGAUUCUCUGAGGAGAUACGUGAGAUCCCCGACGCUGGAUCUUGUCGCGUCUCGCGCCAAGUAUCACAGCACGGAUGUCAUCGCGGACAACGAUGGGCAUCUUGCUGGAGUCCUCUCGUACAAGAGUCCCCUCUCGAGGUCGUUUCUGAGUGACAGUGUAGCGGACUCUUCCUAUUCCUACGGUAGAAGCGCGUCGACUUUGCCGAAAAAGUACGGCUCCACCGUCGGCGGCCUAGAACCGAAGAGCGUCGAGUAUUACGAGGAGAUUCUGUCACCGAGCAAUCCCGAUUAUCUGUCACCACGCGACGCCUGCCGAUCGCCGUUGCCGGAUAUCUAUCUCAACAGAUGCGAAAACGGAUGUGGUCACAACGGCAACUUGGAUUUACAACAAUUUAGCGCAGACAGAUCAAGAGCCUACACGGAUGCGGAGAUACCGACAGUCACCGACAGGGAUAAGCUACUCGGUGAGCAGAAAAGAAACAUAAUGCAACGCUUCAGCGAAACGAGGGAUACGUCCACGACAGCUGCGGAUAUCCUAUCGAAUGUAUCUAUUGCCGAACGGAAUUGACUUCAUUGAUGUGUGCCGAACGCGUCUUAUUACAACGAUUUUCUAAUAGUAGAGAUUUACACCAAAAUGUCUCGCGCUUUGUCGUUACGGCGAUGAAAUAGACGCGAUGGCGAGAAAACUUAAUAUCAUUAACGACUGAAUAUAUACAUCGACACGUUAAACGCUUACACGUUUGCAAACUAGUGUUUUAGACGCGGUCUAAAGUCCUCUUUUGCGGAUUUUAAUUCUCCAAUUCUAUCCGAACCCUCCAUGAAUUUUGUUUAACACAGAAAUAGGAGAAAUUUCUAUUUCUUUUCUUCUUCACUAUGACCAAAUCCAAGUGAGCACUUUGUCUCCAAUAUUUAUAGAAAUAUAAAUAUAAAAGUUGUAGCGAUUAUUACAUCGCAGCGACAACAAGAUGUGACAAAAUUUUGCCACUUAUUUCAUUGGUCUAACUUUUAUUCGAAAGCAUCAAUUUGACAAAUUUUAUCCGCGUCUAAUAGGUUUUUCUUCUUUAUUGAAAAAGUAUAUCGGACGAAUCUUUAUGAAUCCGUCUUUUGUCGUACUUACUGUAUAUACAUUCGUAUAGGGGGUGAGGAUAAAAGUAGUUUUUAAAUACUUGAAAAGUAACAAAUACAUUAUUGACUGCAGCAAGAAAAUUAUCUAUUAUCUAGCGUCACGUCACGUCAAUUAACAAUCAAUUACCGAAUCGUUGGUGAUCGAAGCAGCGUGACGCUUUAGGCCAAAGUCUGGUGAAAGGAAAAGCGCGUUUUAGUUCCUUAUACGAGUAUAUUAUCGCUUUAUACAGUCGGAUUUUUGUAAUUCUUCCUAUUCUGUCUCAACUCGCUUUCGUCGCGCUGCUCUUAAUAUAAUAAUAGGAGAGCGGCGCGAGAAGACAAGUUGGAAUGGAACGUUGGAAGAAGAUAUAAAGGAAGAGAAAAUGUCAAGAUUUGACUAUGUAUGUACUUAACAAACAACGAUGUUACAGGCCUGAAAACUCUGACUGAUAAGCCCCACGGUCUUCCGCUUGUUACGUAUGUGUUUUCUAUUGAUAUACAUAUUUUAAAAUAAAAUAUCGAUACUCU